GAGUCUGCAGGGUUUGUUUAAAAGCUUGCAUGUGUUUGUGCAGCUUUCAGUCCUGCAUGGGUCACCAUGGAUCGUGCCUCGGUUGGCGUAACUCUAUUUGGGCUUUUACUCGUCUGUGCUACCGCUGCCCCAACUAAGAAGGAGCGAGAUAUUGACAUCUACAGCUUCCACAUAAACUCCACGGUAACCAGCCGCUAUGCCAUCACAGUCAUCACGAGCCGUGUGGCAAAUCGACUUAACGAGUCCAAAGAAGUCCAUUUCCAGGUCAAGAUACCCAAGAAUGCUUUCAUCAGCAAAUUCAGGAUGACCAUAGAGGGGAAGACGUACGAUGGAGUUGUGAAGCAGAAAGAAGAGGCUCAGCAGCAGUACAGCCAGGCAGUAUCUCGGGGAGAAAGUGCUGGAAUGGUCAGCUCAGUAGGAAGGACCCUGGAGGAGUUUAAAACCUCAGUGACGGUGGCUGCUUUCAGUAAAGUGACCUUUGAACUCACCUAUGAGGAGCUGCUAAUUCGACGCCUUGGCAAAUAUAAAUUACUCAUCAAUGCCCAUCCAAUGCAGCCUGUAGCAGACUUCAAGGUUGAUGUGUACAUUAAAGAGGGUCCAGACAUUUCCUUCCUAGAAGUGAAAGGAGGACUGAGCACCAACGAGCUGGCCAGUGCUGUAAGCACUACACGAUCUGGUAAUGAGGUGUGGGUGACCUUCUACCCAACUCGUGAGCAGCAGACCAAGUGUGAAGGCUGCGCAGAAAAUGGACUGAAUGGAGAUCUGAUCAUAACCUAUGAUGUAGAGAGACUAAACCCCAGUGGAGAACUGCAGAUAGCAAACGGCUAUUUUGUCCACUACUUCUCACCCACGGAUAUCCAGCGAAUCCCAAAAAAUGUAGUCUUCAUCAUUGACCGAAGUGGCUCCAUGCAUGGCAGGAAAAUCCACCAGACCCGUUUGGCGAUGCUUAAGAUUUUGGGAGAUCUUGCUAGUGACGACAACUUUGGGCUGAUCACCUUUGACAGUCAAGUAGACGUUUGGAAACGUGAACUCCUCCAGGCCACAGAGAGGAACCUAAAGCAAGCAAAGGACUUUGUGAAGCAGAUUCAAGAUCGAGGAGCCACCGACAUCAACGGCGCAGUGCUGAAAGGGGUGGAGAUGAUCAAGAGACACCCGAGAGAAGGCUCCGCCUCCAUCCUUAUUCUGCUGACGGAUGGAGAUCCCACAGCAGGUGAAACUGACAUAGAGAGGAUUCAGGCCAAUGUGAAAGAGGCCAUUGGAGGAAAGUUUCCUCUGUACUGUCUGGGCUUCGGAUUUGAUGUCAACUUCGAUUUCCUGGAGAAAAUGGCGCUGGAAAAUAAUGGACUUGCUCGCAGGAUCUAUGAGGACUCCGAUGCUGAUCUACAGCUACAGGGUUUCUAUGAAGAGGUGGCCACCCCUCUCUUAACUGAUGUCCAGCUGAACUAUAUUGGAGCAGGACAUCUCACCCAGACCAGUUUCAGCCACUAUUACAACGGCUCAGAGAUCGUGGUAGCUGGACAAAUCACAGACAACAGCCUGGACACUUUCCAAACGGAGGUCAUCGCAAUCUCUAAAAGCAAUAAAGUGAAAUACGAGGAUUCUGUGUCAGUGAAAGACAUCGCUGGGAUGCCUGAACAUGAAAACUUCAUCCAGCGACUCUGGGCUUACCUCACGGUGAAACAACGAAUGGAGAAAGAAGUGACACUUAAAGGAGAAGAGAAAGAAGCAGCCAAGAAAGAAGCCCUGGAUCUCUCGCUUAAGUACAAGUUUGUGACUCCACUGACCUCCAUGGUGGUCACCAAGCCCCACGAAGAGGACACACAGGUUGCCCACAAACCUAAAGAGGGAGAACAGCCACGCAGACCUUUUGACCGUGUACAAGCACUGCCGCAACUACCCCCACUCGGUAGUGGAGCAACCAAGCGGCCUAUGUUUUCCUUGCGUCAUCCAGGAGCUGCUGUGAUGCCAGCAUUAUCUGGUCAAGCAGGACCUAGUGGGUUUCCAGCAUCAGCUGGUCGACAAGGCAUCGGCCCUCCGCCUUUUGUUCACUCUCCGGGUUACUUCGGCCCUCCACCUAUUGUUCACUCUCGAGUUCAGAGUGUGGUAGCAGCAGAUGAUUACGACGUUCAGAGUGUGGUAGCUGAUGUGGUAGAUGGCGACUUCGGCCCUCCACCUAUUGUUCACUCUCGAGUUCAGAGUGCGGUAGCAGUAGAUGAUUACGGCGGAGCUGCUUUGUUAACAGGCAUAGACGCUGGGCCAGCGCCAACUGCCGUAACAUUUCAGAUGACCGAUCUCCCUUCACCUCCAGAGAGUCAUGUGAGGUUUUUGGUCACUUCUAGUCGUCAGCCUAAGCCACUCUGUUAUGAUGUACCUUUGGCUUCCAAACUCCGCCUUCUGAUGGACCCCUCCUCAGAAUUCUCUAUGAAUGGUGAGCUCAAACUGUAUGGAGGCAAAGGCUUCAAGAAAAUUGUUCUUCAUUAUAAAACAAAUCAUCACCUGACCAUCAGCACCAGUGGGAUCCGCUACUCUGACGGUCAGACUCCUGUGAAGUUUGUUUGGGGGCAGGAGCCCACCAAGCACGAGACAGACAGUGUGUCUUUGAUUCUAAAGAAUGAUGAAUUGAACGUCACCAUGGGAACCGUGCGUGUUGUUUUCCUUCUUCAUAAGAAAGAUGGAGACGUGUUUCUGUGGCCUGCUGUUCGUCAACUACCACAAGGCAUUACCUUGCAAGGCAUUCUGGGGAAAACUGAUGUUCAGUAUGAACUGUUACCACAAUCAUGGAUCAAAAUCAAGGACCAGGAGGUCCUAGCAGAAGCGAGCACUGCCACUGACCACGGACACGCUUCAGCCCCAAGAGUGGACUGCUGGCUUGUACCCUUGCGGUUUGUCCUGCAGGGGGAGCUCUCUGACUUCACUGUGUCUCGACUGUAAAGCUCUCAACUAAAUAUGUAUCUUGAAAAUUUCACAACUGUCUUCCAAACAGUUUGGUAGAAAAUGUAGAAGAAAAUAAAACGCUUGUAAUGCUGGCCUUAAGUAACACUGUGGGUCUAAAUGCUCUGGGUGCUCCGUCUGUGAUCAGUAAUGUAACAGCUAUGUAAGUUUUUCUUAGUAAGUUAGAGAACUGAAGAUUUCAGAAGAUCUUCUGGAAAAAAACUCAAGCUAUACCAGCAUGAACGAAGGUGGCACAAGUGUAAAAACCUUGCUGAACAAUAAAAAAGGCUCAAUCUCA